GCUGAUCAUGGAACUGAUGGUAUAAAUAAGCUGCGUUCGUCAUUUUAUAAAAAAUGGAUUACCUUGUAUUCAUUCUUCCCCUUUUCUUCUUCAGUAUUAUUCCGGUCCCUAUCACGAUGAGAGUUACCCGUAAGGACAAACCUGGGUUUCUUACGCAGUGCGCCAAAGUAUGUGAAGAAACGGCGAGGAAAGUGGAAAAGAAAAAGGCAAGGAAACUCAUUUUCAACGCAAAGACCAGGAAAUACGUGUGCAACAGUUAUUGUGCCAUGUAUAUGAGAAAUAGAACAAAAGUGUACACCGGAAAUUAAGGAGCAUCAAUUUGUGCAAUUCCCAAUAAA